ACACCCGACAACAACUCUCGCUUCACUCGCCGGAGGGGGACGGAGCAAAUAUGGCCACGGCGGCGGCGGCGGCGGCGACGAUGCGUCUGUCUUCCCCGUUCAGGGCCCCGCCUCUCCGUCCUCCCUGCCACCGCGUCGUCCCGUCGAUGCGGGGCCCCAGGCGGGCCGGGCUGGCCGUCUCGGCGGCCGCCGCCGGGUCGCCCCCCACCGUGCUCGUCACCGGCGCCGGAGGACGGACAGGCCAAAUUGUGUACAAGAAGCUGAAGGAGAGGGCAGACCAGUUUGUGGCCAGAGGGCUGGUCAGGACGCCGGACAGCAAGGGUAAGAUAGGCGGCGGCGACGACGUGUUCAUCGGCGACAUCAGGGAUCCUGGGAGCAUUGCUCCGGCGAUUGAGGGCAUCGACGCGCUCAUCAUCCUCACCAGUGGGGUCCCGAAGAUGAAGCCCGGGUUCGAUCCUAGCAAGGGUGGACGGCCGGAGUUUUACUUUGAGGAAGGGUCUGAUCCUGAGCAGGUGGAUUGGAUAGGCCAAAAGAACCAAAUUGAUGCUGCCAAGAGCAUUGGUGUAAAGCAGAUAGUUUUGGUUGGAUCCAUGGGCGGAACAGAUAUCAACCAUCCAUUAAACAAGCUUGGGAAUGGGAAUAUACUGGUGUGGAAACGGAAGGCAGAGCAGUACCUAGCGGACUCUGGUCUACCAUACACAAUUAUAAGGGCUGGAGGACUACAAGACAAAGAUGGUGGGGUGCGUGAGUUGAUUGUUGGAAAGGAUGACGAGAUCUUGAAGACGGAAACAAAAACUAUUGCCAGGGCAGAUGUUGCAGAAGUUUGCAUACAGGCCUUGCUAUUUGAGGAAGCAAAGUUCAAGGCGUUUGAUCUGGCUUCAAAACCUGAAGGUGAAGGAACACCGAUGACAGAUUUUAAGUCUGUUUUUGCACAAAUUGCUACUCGCUUCUAAGAGGACAAGAUCAUUCUGGCCAAUGAAAUGGGACAGUAUCUUUAAUUAGGCGAUAUGGAAUUUGUACUGGGUCAGGCUGGUGUUCGCAAGGAACCACUCCUAUGAAUCAGGGAAGAAAUGCUGGCACCAGCUUGGGGGCAAGCCGGUUGUUAAGGGGGAGGGGAUGUCAGCAUCCCUGCCACCAUGGGCCGGCUAUGGGCUAGGCCCAAGUGCCUCGCUCUCGCUGGAGCUACUAUCACAACUACUACAAGUAUCAGGACCCAGGGGCUGGACAAGGCAUCGAGUGGAUCAACGAAACCCGAUGGCGGCGGCUCUUAUCCUACCUUCAGCUCUCUCCUUUUCUCUUUCCCAGUUCCUUGUAAUGGCUACUCUGUAAUCAAAUCCUCUAUGCGUAGUGAGUUUUUUUUUUUUUGAGACAUUCUAUGUUUUUUUUUUGAGCAUCCUGAGACAUUCUAUGUGUAGUGAGGAAUCGAGAGAUCCAUAGUGUGUCCCUUACACAGCACAGGGCCCAGGCCCCAGGCCCAGUUAAAACACGACACUGCACAGGACCCAGGCCCAGUUAAAACACGACACAGUAGUUCAGCACGUACGUAAUCGCUCUCCGAAGGCGGUAAACGCUCCUCUCUCUCUCUCUCCUCCUCUUCGGUUCUCCUCCGCGACCUCUCUCUCCAUGGCCGCCACGAGGAACCUCGGCAGGUCGCCGCCGCUGGCGGCGGCGGCGUAGGCGAAAGAAGACGAAGCGGAGGGGCUCCUCUCCUCGCGCUCCUCCGCCGACCUCGGCCUCCACCCCACCCCACCCCACCCUCUGCGUCCGCCCGCCUCCAAGGAGGCUCCUCAUCUGAUCUGAGCAAGUAGCAAAAGUAGGGAAUUACACACCUUGGUUAUUGAGCAGCAGCAGCAUCAGAUCCAGUGCUUUGUGAGAAGAGUAGUGAGGAUGUGGACUAUGAAAGAAGAGUAGUGAGGCUGUGGUGUUGAUGUAAACUAAAUUUUUUUGUUCCUCUUCUUGUUGCUUUGUUCCCAACGUCAGGCAUGGUGAUUGUGAGAGAGAAUGGUCCAGAUAACAACCAGUUGUCCUGUCGAUUAGUUCUAGGCCCGGCUGCGCAUCAGAGGAUAAAAGUGUUAAUUAGGAAUGCUGGCCUGGGUUUCAAUCAUUAUUAAGGUUCCUAAUUGCAUUGUUAAAAAAAUCAUGUAAACAUGUACAGUACAUUUUGAUUUAAUUUAAUCAAAUUAGGAUCC